CUUGGGACCCUCUGCCCCUUGACAAGGGUCUGGUUGCCUGCGCCAUAGUUGAGUCUGUGUCCAGUGCUUGGAGCCAUCAGCAUCCCUCAGCUCUUCUCCCAGUCCCUGAAACUCGGCUGCCAGGGGAGCUGGAACCACCUACGAAGGUGUCCUCCCUACAGGAAGAUACGUGUGCCCAGCUGGGGCACAGCCCCAGCUGAUGCCCCAGAGGGGCCACUCAUCUCAAGAGGGGCUUUGGGCUCUGCCCUCUCUCCCCAUGGCGCAUGGGCCAAAGGCUGAGCCUGAAGGACUGUUGGACCUCAGCUUCCUGACAGAGGAGGAGCAGGAGGCCAUUGCUGGUGUCCUCCAACGAGAUGCCCGCCUGCGCCAGCUGGAGGAGGGGCGCAUCAGCAAGCUCCGGGCCUCACUGGCAGACCCCAGGCAGCUGAAGAUCCUGACAGGGGACUGGUUCCAGGAAGCACGCUCCCAGCGGCAUCACAAUGCCCACUUCGGCUCUGACCUUGUUCGAGCCUCAAUGCGCAGGAAGAAGAGCUCCAGGGGAGACCAGGCUCCAGGCAGCGACGGGGAGGCCGAGGCUGCUGUGAAAGAGAAGGAAGAUGUGCCAGAGCCCAGGCUCUCCAUUGAUGAGGCCCCCCAGGAGAGGCUCAGGGAGACUGAGGGACCUGAUUUCCCAUUGCCUUAUGUCCCUCUUAAGGCUUCAGAUCCUGAGGAGGCGUCCCAGGCCCAGGAAGGCCCUGGCCAAGGGGACCUGCAGAGCUGUGUCGAGAAGGCGGACCCGGAGCCGGAGCCCGCGUCGGGGGGAGAGCCGGAGCCCGGGCCCCUGCAAGCCCAGGCCAGGGCCGCAUCCCAGAUCCUGGAGAACGGGGAGGAGGCCCCGGGGUCCGACCCCUCACUCAACUGCAUGCUCAGCAGCAGCUCCUCCGUGUCCAGCCUUAACUCCUCCAAGCUGAGCGGCAGCCAGAUGAGCCUGUCCGGCGAGGCGGAGGCGGUGCAGGUGCGCGGCUCAGUGCACUUCGCGCUGCACUACGAGCCGGGCACUGCCGAGCUGCGCGUGCACGUGAUCCAGUGCCAGGGCCUGGCUGCCGCCCGGCGCCGCCGCUCCGACCCCUACGUCAAAAGCUACCUCCUCCCAGAUAAGCAGAGCAAGCGCAAGACGGCGGUGAAGAAACGGAAUCUAAAUCCAGUUUUCAACGAGACGCUCCGGUACUCCAUCCCGAAGGCCGAGCUCCAGGGUCGCGUGCUGAGCCUGUCCGUGUGGCAUCACGAAAGCCUGGGUCGCAACAUCUUUCUGGGCGAAGUUGAAGUGCCUCUAGACACGUGGGACUGGGGCUCUGAGCCCACUUGGCUCCCCCUGCACCCCCGGGUCCCACCCUAUCCCGACGAUCUUCCCAGGCGAGGGCUGCUCUCCCUGUCCCUCAAGUAUGUCCCAGCCGGCUCCGAGGGCGCAGGACUGCCCCCGAGCGGGGAGCUGCACUUCUGGGUGAAGGAGGCUCGGGACCUUAUGCCGAUGCGGGCAGGCUCCCUGGACACUUACAUACAAUGCUUCGUGCUGCCUGAUGACAGCCGGGCCAGCCGCCAGCGUACAAGGGUUGUGCGACGCAGCCUCAGCCCUGUGUUCAACCACACCAUGGUGUAUGAUGGCUUUGGGCCUGCUGACCUGCGCCAGGCUUGUGCCGAGCUCUCCCUCUGGGACCAUGGGGCCCUGGCCAGCCGCCAGCUGGGGGGCACACGUCUCAGCCUGGGCACUGGCAGCAGCUAUGGGCUGCAGGUGCCCUGGAUGGAUUCCACACCAGAGGAGAAGCGGCUGUGGCAGGCCCUCCUGGAGCAGCCGUGCAAGUGGGUGGAUGGCCUUCUACCGCUCAGAACCAACCUGGCCCCCAGGACGUAGCCUGACCAAACCUCUCUCUCUGGACCCCCAUCUCAGGGCCUGUCCUCGGCUAAAGUCAAUAAAGUCUGUUCUAAGGGCAA